GUUGUGUUCGAACAAGCGCGUCGGUUAGUUCACCAAUUGCUCCAAGCAAGUAGGCAGCAACUGUUAAUCUGCAUACAUACCUACAUGUAUUAGCAAUAAAAAGUUUAAUAAAAAAUAAGUUAAAUAGCAAUAUUUGUAUUGACAAAAAAAAUUGUGUGUGCAAAAAUUUGCCCAACAAAAAAGCUUCAAGAAAGACAAGCAAAGUUAAAAAAAAAAAUCGUGUGCGAAAAAUCUGUGACGGCAAAAAUCGCAGUUUGACAGACAUUUUUAACUACCGUUAAGUGUGGCAAGGUAACCGAAAUUGUUUGCGUGGCUACGCGUCCAUUGCAAUUCUGCGACAACAAGCAAAUGUGCACAAAAACAACAUUAAAUAAAUAAAUUUAUUAAACAACUCGCUCGCUGGUGGAUGCCAAAACUCACGAACAAGUUACAAGUGUAAAGCAUAGCAGAAUUUCCUCUGCGCUAAAAGCGUGUCGAGCAAAGUGAAUUCGCCACAAUUAACGCAAAAAGCAGGUGAGAAGCGUGAAAAAGAAAGUGCUUACCCCGCCCCCACAAGCAAAAAGCGACAGUUUUUCUUUUCACAUACAUACAUACGUAUGCAAGUGUGUAAGGUGAUUUGAUUAAAAGUGAAAGGAUUUUUAUUGGUCUAAAUAACUGUGUAAAGUUGGCUGCUUGGCAAGCGGUCCGACUGUCAUUCAAACAAUUGUUGUUUUGAACAACUUUACAUGCUAAACAUAUGUACAUAUGUAUGUUUUAUACAAAUGUGUGCAAUAAUAAACUAAACACUACAUGCAUAUAGUGCAUAUCUGUAUGUAUGUAUAUAUGUUUGUUGGUUUGCCCAAGCGGUCAUACGAAUACCGCCUACACCCCCACAACGCGUAAACGCCGCGCUAUCAGCAGCAACAGCAACAACAACAACAAUACGCGCAUUGCGAAACCUGCAAAGCAGUGUUGAAUGGAUGCAUGAAUGAAUUGUCACAUACAACUAUAUACUUACAUAUAUUAUAGAAGUAAAUGAAAACAUUUGCACAUACCAACACACACGUUAAUAUAUGUUAUGUGCCUUUAGAUAGCAACUUUUAGUGACGUAUUUGUACGCAUACGCUGAUAUCAGCCGCCCGGUCGCUUUUCUGCAUAUUUAUUUAUAUAGUUAUUGUUUUUGUUUUUUUCGCUCACUCUACACUGGUUGCUCCUCGUCAACGCGUGUACGCGCCAAUUUGUUAUCGAUUUAUUGCGCGCAACAGCAGCAAACGCACACACACAGACAUACACAUUAUUCUACAACAACCACAUAGCAUGUAUAACUAGUACGGAAAUUUGUAGCCUGUGACUUUAAUUCAAAUAACUCACGUCAAAUGUACGUCACACACUUUGCCGGCUUGCUAUACCGUUAUCCUAACUACCGUUGCCGCCUAGUGUAGCGCCAACAAUUCGUGAAAUUUACCGUUCGUGUCUAAUUUGAGUGUGACAAUUCGAUUUGCUGAAAGUCGAAAGUGCAAAGAACAAACGCAAGUGUUUGACAACAACAAUAAUAAAAACCAAAAAAAAAUUGCAAAUACAUUUUUUCUAAGCAGAAAAAGUUGAUACCUUAAACGUCCCGCAAUUGUUGUGAAAGUAAAGUGUGCGGUAAUAUAAGCACAAAAAACCGCAACAACAACAACAACAACUGUAAAGUUCGUUGAAUUCUUCUAUUAGUGCCAUUCAUAUCCAGGUGGCGUAGCCCCUGGAACCCCAUCAGCGGCCAUGAUCAUGGAAGGGCUUGAAACCCUUGUGGCGCCAUCGCAUCACGCAUUCCUACUAACCGAAUCCGCCGCCGCCGCACACUUUAAUGUGCUGAGCUUCGAUACGUGUCUCUUUAAGACCACCGCACAGACUAGUCCCUCGACCGCGGCCACAUCGGCGGCCACCUAUCUCAGCACCCCAUCACAUACAUUUGGCGGUGGCCAUUUGGGUGCCGCUCAAACGCUACUCCACUACAAUCUCUCGACGGCGAAUAAUAAUCAUCAGACCGCCAUUGCGUGCAGCAGCAGCAGCAGCAGCAGCGCGUGUAAUACACCGACCACCAAUAAUAUUGCUACAUCCGCAGUAGCAGGUACAAAUUCAGCGCUGAGCGCUGCUAUUUCACGCACAAAUUUCACGCGUAUUGUCAACAACAACAACAGCAGCAGCAAUAGCAACAGCAGCAAUAACAGCUGUAAUACAGUAGCGACCGCCGUGCAGCAGGCAAACGCGGCGCUAACAUCACCAACUCUCGCGGCAAGCGCCAUCACGGCAGCCAACAGCACAAAUAAUAACAGUAAUAAUAGUGGACGCAAUUCCGCUACACAUUUGAGUCUGCUCAAUACCGCACAACACAGUCCGGGCAGUCACGCGGCAGCCAGUUUAGGUGGCGUCGUCGCCACUCCCAACGGCGUAGAUAUCGUCAGCGGCAUUGUCAAGCAGUCAUUGCCGUCGGACGCGCAGUGCGGUGAUACGCAGACGGGCGAUCUGAAUACGCCCGUCACCACAUCCAACGAUAUUCCUUCAUUCUUCGGACCGUCAACCAUUGUUGAGCCACCACCCAUUACAGGUUCCAUCGAAUCCGAGGAUUUGUCCCUCGAACCUCAACCCACGACCAGUCCGGUGCUGUGCAGUCCAUUGAAGGAGGAGCGCAGCACGCCGCCAACUUUGGCAAUUGUCAAGGAAGAAACAAGUAAUAAUAGUUGUACCAUGUACCCUACACAUCUAAGUCAGAAUCAGACAACAACAACUACAACAACAGCAACAAGCACAACAUUAUGUAAUAAUACCGCUAAUACAAGUACACAAAACAAUACACAACAACAACAGCAACACCAUCAAAGCCAGCAUCACCAUCAACAGACACAACACACACAACACCAUCAACAACAUGCCGGCCAACACUCACCCCACCACCAUCACCCGUAUCAACAUCAGCAGCAGCAGCAACAUCACUUACAACAACAACAACAACAAAACCAAAUAACACACCACAAUACCUUACACCAGCAACAUCAGCAACAACACCUGCAACACAAUAAUCAUCAUACACACCACCAUCAACAGCAAACACAACAGCAGCAACAACAACAUAAUACACACUAUCAACAAACGGCACAUAGCCUUCAUCAACCACACGCCCAUCAACACCACCAUCACCAACAACAUCAACAACAACAGCAUGCGCAACAACACCAACAACAGCAGCAACAACAACAACAACAACAAACGCAUGCAACUAGCAAUAGCAAUAGCGGCAAAAUAUCAUAUCGUGGCAUUUUCACCACUACAGGUAAUACAGCAAUGAGCGGCCUGCAUUCGGCAGCUGCCGCAGCCGCUGCCGCUACUCAGCAACAGCAGCAACAGCAGCAGCAGCAGCAUCAGCAAACUACGCAACAACAAAUUGGUUCGCCACAAUUGAGUGUGCUGCCUGGACAAAUGUCACCACCGUCUGCGGGUCUUGGCAAUAGUUGGGGUCUACCCAGCCCCGAUAAGACACUCUUCCAACCGCCUAUAUUCAGCUUACUUGGACCUGGUCCACAGAGCACGGCUCAAGCACAUUAUGCCGCCCAACAAAAUAUAGCGCAACCAUCGUCCACACCCUCACCCUCCCAUCACAUGCACACCGGCGGCUACGAUGAUGGGCGCGCGGCAACGCAGAAUGUCGAGCUGCUCGGACUCAAUAUGGACUGCUCCCCUAUUAUAUUGAAACAACCGCCGCCAAGCUAUAGCAGCACCAGCAGCUUCACCAGCCUAGCUGAUAUGCAGCAGGCGCAAGCCAACCAUGAGUUGCAACAAUACCGCCAGCAAAUAUCCGUUGCCGCCACUAAAUACCAGUGGCUGGAUUCGCCGGCCGAAUACGGUGGCGCACAACAGUCCUUGGUUGUGCCCGGUCCGUCAUCCGCAACCUCUUCGGCAGCCGCAGCGUCUGUAAUUGGUGGUCUCAUUCCAAAACAAGAGACCUACUCGGAUCCCACACCGCCGCACCAUAUGCAACCGCCAGCAUCGCAAGGCAGCCAAUCUGGCUACUCUGUUGUACAGCUAGCUGAAUACAGUCCAUCAACGAGCAAAGGUCACGAAAUACUGUCACAAGUAUAUCAGCAGAGCACGAUGCCGCUCAAACUGGUGCCUGUUAAGCCACGCAAGUAUCCAAAUCGGCCAAGUAAAACGCCUGUGCAUGAGCGACCAUACGCCUGCCCCGUGGAGAAUUGCGAUCGCCGCUUUUCGCGUUCCGACGAACUUACACGCCACAUACGCAUACAUACCGGACAAAAGCCGUUCCAGUGUCGCAUUUGCAUGCGUUCUUUCAGCCGCUCGGAUCAUCUGACAACUCACAUACGCACGCAUACAGGUGAAAAGCCCUUCUCAUGCGAUAUCUGCGGUCGUAAGUUUGCGCGUUCCGAUGAGAAGAAACGCCACGCCAAAGUGCAUCUCAAGCAACGCAUUAAGAAGGAAUCCAAGCUGAGCCAACAACAACAGCAGCAGCAACAACAACAACAAGCCGUGGCAGCAGCAGCUGCACAACAACAACAGCAACAUCAUCAUCAUCACACAACCCAUCACAUGCUUCAUUCCGGCGAUUUGCCCAUUGUGACGAGUAGCGCCACUAGUUUGUAGGCCAAAACUAAUUCAUCAUCGAAAGAUUUCAUCUCACGAACAACGCCGCCGUCAUUGACAACAACACCGUUAAUGGUGGAGGACUGGCAUGCGGAGCUUUCCUCGCCCUUCUCACCCAAUACACCGCUAGACGUUAUGCCCACAGCGGAACUUUCAUUGCGCGGCAGUCGCAGUGAUAUACCGCCUACAGCUUUCCCAUUCCCUUUAGACGUAUUUGGUGAAUACACUGAAAUGCCCGAAGAUAUCGAGCUAACCGAAGAUGAUGCUUUGUUGGGUAGUGAAGAUUAUUAUAUGGAAGAAUACGAAGAAACCGAUUCCGAACACGAUAUUGAGCUGAACUCGCGCAAUAAGUGCACCGCAAUCGUCAGCAACACCGCCAUCAGUACUACUGAAGCGUCUACAAACACAACAGUGAUACGUAUGAAAAGCGAUAGCUCAAGCGCAUUGUCAGUACGUCGGGUUGAUAGUGAUAAUGACAGUGAGUCUGUUGGCAACAUACCGGUGACCAUAUUGCGUGGUCUCAACGCGCGUAGUGCGUCGGUUAGCAGCAACAAGGAUAUGGUAAUAGUAUUUCUUACACAGUAAUGCUAUCAUUUAUAUGCGUAUAGAUUAAUAUUUUCAAAAACUACAUACAUACAGACAUAUGGUUCAAAGUAUGGUGAAAUAGCAAAAAUGAUUUGUUGAAAUGUAUACAUUGGCAUUUGGCAGGAAAUUGGUUGAAAAGCUUGAGAGCUUCUUAUUAUCUGCGGUCAUAUUUUCGAGCUUAAAGUAAGAGCAAACAUUUAUGUUGUCCAUUUUUUGAUACUUAACAAUUGACUAUCUAAAGUUCUUACACAUGUGCUUUCGUGUCUUUAGUUGAAGUGAAAGCUUUGCGAACGAAAAUAUUUCAACAACAUUUUUAACGUUAGUUUUUAUUUAUUAUAUUUCUAACAUAUUAGUUUGCAAUUAAAUAUUCGAGCAUUUUCUAUAGGUGUGCUUUCGAGUUAUUAGUGAAAGCUUCAAAAGCUUUUAAAAAUUGCUGGUUGUUCUAAACUCAAAAAUAUGUUAGCGACAGCUCAGUUUGUUUAUGUCCUCUUAUCAGCUCGAUAUUUCAAAAAAAUAUAUAUAUUUUUUAAAACAAUUUUAUACACUGAUAUAUAUUUAUAUCAUUUUUUCAUUAAAAUCAACUGCCAAUUGCCAAUAUAUAUGUUUUUCACAAAAACUUUGUGAAACGUAACAAUCCGAAAAACACAAACCUAUCUAAUUAACCACAGUAUUUAAGUCAAACAUGUAAAAAAAUCUUUAAAAAAGAUUCUGAAAACUCUACUAUAAAAUCACAUGCGUGAGAAACACUCGAUGAUGACUUCAACAUGGAAAAAAUUCUGAAAUAUUAAAAAUAAAUUUAAAAAGCUACAAAUAUUUCAAAUUAGAUAUGUAUGUUAAAUUAAAAAAAUAUACAAAACAAAACAUAGUUUAGGUAAUAAGAAAUUAUGAAACACUCAACCAAAAUCGUUGGAAUUUGAGAAAAACUCAAAUGUCAAAAUUAUAAGGUUAUAAAAUAUAUAUUAAAAUCGCUUUCAUAGGUUGUUACAUUGUUAACUUUAAAAGUUUAACAAACCGAAACUGUUGCUAUCAAAUAUUGCUGUUCAAAACAAAAACAAAAUACAACCAAUAAUAUAAACAAGGUUUAAACUCAGUUACAAACACAAGACAUUUACCAUAAUUUAGCCUACUAUAAAGCUAUUAUUUAGUAUAAAAUUUACGAUGUUAUUAAAGAAAUUAAAAAAAAAGCAAAAACAUAAACACUAUGCAUUAUUAAACCGUUACAAACAAGAAGAGACAAAGCAAAUAAUUCUCCAGUAAACUCACAAAGAAACUAUAAAUUUUUUUUUUCGGUUUAAAUAUAUAUUAAAGAUAGCUGUUAACACAAAACAAUAACAAAGCUAAGUAACAACUAACCAGCGCAUAAUUUGCUAUGAAAAACAUUUUUAAGAAAAUUUUGUUGAAAAACAUGCCGCAUUGAAGAGCAAAACGUUUACUGUUUUAAGCGAAAAAUGUGGCAGACUUAGCACAAAGAAAAACUUAAUUUAACUUAUAUCUCUAAUACUGUGAUCUCAUUUGUAAUAAAUUAAUUUUAAUUAUAAACUUCAAUUAAAAACGAAAAACCUAACAUUUAAACUAAAAUUAAUUCAAAUAACUAAUUUAAAUAAUUUAAAAAGUACGCCUCAUUAUUAGCUAAUUUUUUC